CGCCCCCUCCCCCGUUCCUCCCUUCCCCCUGUCCCGGAUUCCCAGCCCAGCAGUCGGCAGGAUCCCUCCCUCCCUAGCUUUGCCCUUGAACCAAGAGGGGCUAACAGAAGUCAUACGGAGGCCUGGAGUUCCUGUCCAUCUUCCACGUGGGACUUACUCCUUCCUACUAACCCUGGUGCAAUUUUUUUCCUGGCUCCUUAUCUCCAGUCCUGAAUUCCUGAGGAUGCAAUCCUCUGAGCUCCAUCAUGCUUUCUGCUUUCUCCUUCCGGUUUUCAAAGCGCUUUCUUUCUGCACUCCCUUCAGGUUCCAUGGUCCGUGCUACUACUGUUUGCUAUUUUCACUGGUCAGCAUGUAAGUUAUUUCUUCUUUUAGUCUUUGGACAAAGCCUGGAGUGUCUCUGCUGAUAGUUUCUUGGAAAGCCCUAGUGGUCCACCCUGGAUGCCGAACUGAAGGAUGUGUUCACACCCACCCAGGCUCCUGCAGCAGGGUUGCUGAGCAUCCAUUGCAGGGCCUGUGCUGGCAGACUAGAGGACUUGAGCUUGGCCCCUGGGAAGUCUGUGUUUCUAGUAUACACUGUUUCUAGUGUACUCCUAUGGGCUUUGCUUUGGUCUUAGGGAGAAGCCAGUAGUUGGUGAGUGUGAUCUGUGCCUCCUCAUCAGCCCUUCCCACUCUACCUAUUGGGAUGGAGGCUUAAGUUGCCCCACUGCCCAGGUGCCCAGGACCAGGGUGUCUGUUAUUCCCCUCUUAGGGGUCAGGUUCUUAGUAGGGAUGCUCCCUCUUCUCACAGGCCUCCUUUUCAUCUCUAGCCCAGCAAGGAAGACUUUUCCUUUAGUCUUGGCUUUGAAAGCAAAUCCGCAUGGAGAGUCAAGGUCUAAAGUUCAGGAGCCUACUUCUUUUGCAGCCAUGAGAUGAAAUUCAAACUCAGGCAUGGCUCAGAUCAAUUAACUUUGCUCUAAAAAAAGAAAAUAAAAGAAAACCAACAAACAUCCGAGUCACCUGUGUGUACGCCCCUGCUUCAGGUCUGGAAAUGCUUCUGUGCCAUCACGGGGAGCUGGGGUGCUACUGACCCAGCAACAUGGGAUUGGUUUACAAGAAGAGACACAGGUGAAAUGGUUCCCUUCAGUGCUGGGGGCUUUUUGCAUGCUAGGCAAGCACUCCCACUGAGCUGUAUCCACUGCCCUGAGAUAUACCCCAUACCAAAAUGUCCUGGUUUCUGAAAUUCUGUGUUUAAAAUGUUCUUUCCUCAUCUCAUCUUUUCAGAAUUAUGAGGAGCUGAGAGUCCCCAAAAGUGGGAUGAAGUUCACUGAUGGCAAAGCCCCUUUAAUCUCCCAGGCAGAAGGGCCUUGGCUAGUCUUUCUUGGCCCAUCCCAAAAAGGAGAACUGGCCUCAGAGCAGUAAGGCAACAGAAUGCCCCCUGGGGUGGACUGCCCCAUGGAGUUCUGGACCAGAGAGGAGAGCCAGAGCGUGGCUGUGGACUUCUUGCUGCCCACGGGGGUCUACCUGAACUUUCCAGUGUCCCGAAAUGCCAACCUCAGCACCAUCAAGCAGGUGCUGUGGCAUCGCGCUCAGUAUGAACCGCUCUUCCACAUGCUCAGUGACCCUGAGGCUUAUGUGUUCACCUGCGUGAACCAGACAGCCGAACAGCAGGAGUUGGAGGAUGAGCAGCGGAGACUGUGUGACAUCCAGCCCUUCCUGCCAGUGCUGCGGCUGGUGGCCCGAGAGGGAGACCGGGUCAAGAAGCUCAUCAACUCCCAGAUCAGCCUCCUCAUUGGCAAAGGUCUCCAUGAGUUUGAUUCUCUGCGGGACCCAGAAGUGAAUGACUUCCGCACUAAGAUGCGCCAGUUCUGUGAAGAGGUUGCUGCUCGCCGCCAGCAGCUGGGCUGGGAGGACUGGCUGCAGUAUAGUUUCCCCCUGCAGUUGGAGCCCUCAGCAAGGAGUUGGCGAGCCGGCAUACUGCGUGUCACCAGCAGAGCCCUGCUGGUCAAUGUGAAGUUCGAGGGCAGUGAGGAGAGCUUCACCUUCCAGGUAUCCACCAACGACAUGCCCCUGGCACUGAUGGCCUGUGCCCUCCGAAAGAAGGCCACAGUGUUCCGGCAGCCUCUGGUGGAGCAGCCUGAAGACUAUGCACUUCAGGUGAACGGGAGGCAUGAGUACCUCUAUGGCAGCUACCCGCUGUGCCAGUUCCAGUACAUCUGCAGCUGCCUGCACAGCGGACUGACCCCCCACCUGACCAUGGUCCACUCCUCCUCCAUCCUCGCCAUGCGGGAUGAGCAGAGCAACCCUGCCCCCCAAGUCCAGAAACCACGCACCAAACCUCCCCCAAUCCCUGCUAAGAAGCCCUCCUCGGUGUCCCUGUGGUCCCUAGAGCAACCGUUCUGCAUUGAGCUGAUCGAGGGCAGCAAAGUGAAUGCGGAUGAGCGGAUGAAGCUGGUUGUACAGGCUGGGCUCUUCCAUGGCAAUGAGAUGCUGUGCAAGACGGUGUCCAGCUCAGAGGUGAGCGUGUGCUCGGAGCCCGUGUGGAAACAGCGGCUGGAGUUCGACAUCAGCAUCUGUGACCUACCGCGCAUGGCUCGGCUCUGCUUUGCACUCUACGCCGUUGUGGAGAAGGCUAAGAAGGCGCGCUCUACAAAGAAGAAGUCCAAGAAGGCAGACUGCCCCAUCGCCUGGGCCAACCUCAUGCUGUUUGACUACAAAGACCAGCUCAAGACUGGGGAAUGCCGCCUUUACAUGUGGCCCUCUGUCCCAGAUGAGAAAGGAGAGCUGCUGAACCCUGCGGGUACAGUGCGUAGCAACCCCAACACAGAGAGUGCUGCAGCCCUGGUCAUCUGCCUGCCUGAGGUGGCCCCCCAUCCUGUGUACUUCCCUGCCCUGGAGAAGAUCCUGGAGCUGGGGCGUCACGGGGAGCGCGGGCACAUCACAGAGGAGGAGCUGCAGCUGCGGGAGAUCCUGGAGCGGAGGGGCUCUGGGGAGCUGUAUGAGCACGAGAAGGAUCUGGUGUGGAAGCUUCGACACGAAGUCCAGGAGCGUUUCCCAGAGGCUCUGGCCCGCCUGCUCCUGGUCACCAAGUGGAAUAAACAUGAGGAUGUGGCCCAGCUGUCCCAGAUGCUCUAUUUGCUGUGCUCCUGGCCUGAGCUGCCCGUGCUGAGCGCCCUGGAACUGCUGGACUUCAGCUUUCCUGACUGCUACGUGGGCUCCUUUGCCAUCAAGUCCCUGCGGAAGCUGACGGAUGAUGAGCUUUUCCAGUAUCUUCUGCAGCUUGUGCAGGUGCUCAAAUAUGAGUCCUACCUGGACUGCGAGUUGACCAAAUUCUUGCUGGACCGAGCCCUGGCUAACCGCAAGAUCGGCCACUUCCUCUUCUGGCACCUUCGCUCUGAGAUGCACGUACCAUCGGUGGCCCUGCGAUUUGGCCUCAUCAUGGAGGCCUACUGCAGAGGUAGCACCCACCACAUGAAGGUGCUGAUGAAGCAGGGGGAAGCACUGAGCAAGCUUAAGGCACUGAACGACUUUGUGAAGGUGAGCUCUCAGAAGACCACCAAGCCCCAAACCAAGGAGAUGAUGCAUAUGUGCAUGCGCCAGGAGACCUACAUGGAGGCCCUGUCUCACCUGCAGUCUCCGCUGGACCCCAGCACCCUGCUGGAGGAAGUCUGUGUGGAGCAAUGCACCUUCAUGGACUCCAAGAUGAAGCCUCUGUGGAUCAUGUAUAGCAGCGAGGAGGCGGGCAGUGCUGGCAGCGUGGGCAUCAUCUUUAAGAACGGGGAUGACCUCCGCCAGGACAUGCUGACUCUGCAGAUGAUCCAGCUCAUGGACGUCCUGUGGAAGCAGGAGGGCCUGGACCUGAGGAUGACCCCCUAUGGCUGCCUCCCCACUGGAGACCGCACAGGCCUCAUUGAGGUGGUUCUUCACUCGGACACCAUUGCCAACAUCCAACUGAACAAGAGCAACAUGGCGGCCACAGCCGCCUUCAACAAGGACGCCCUGCUCAACUGGCUCAAAUCCAAGAACCCUGGGGAGGCCCUGGAUCGAGCCAUCGAGGAAUUCACCCUCUCCUGUGCUGGCUACUGUGUGGCCACGUAUGUGCUGGGCAUUGGUGACCGACACAGUGACAACAUCAUGAUCCGAGAGAGUGGGCAGCUCUUCCACAUUGAUUUUGGCCACUUUCUGGGGAACUUCAAGACCAAGUUUGGAAUCAACCGGGAGCGAGUCCCCUUCAUCCUAACCUAUGACUUUGUCCACGUGAUCCAGCAGGGGAAGACUAAUAAUAGUGAGAAAUUUGAAAGGUUCCGCAGCUACUGUGAACGAGCCUACACCAUCCUGCGGCGCCACGGGCCGCUCUUCCUCCACCUCUUUGCCCUGAUGCGUGCUGCAGGCUUGCCUGAGCUUAGCUGCUCCAAAGAUACCCAGUAUCUCAAGGACUCUCUGGCACUAGGGAAGACCGAGGAAGAGGCGCUCAAGCACUUCCGGGUGAAGUUCAAUGAAGCCCUGCGGGAGAGCUGGAAAACCAAAGUCAACUGGUUGGCGCACAAUGUGUCCAAGGAUAACAGGCAAUAGGGCCUCUCCUGGUCACCAUGUGGAGGUCCCUCCUGGCUCUCAGGCCUAGAGGUAAACUGUCAGCUCUGGGAACCCGGCACACUCAGUGGUCAUCAGAGGCCCCAACACCUGAACUGUUCCUCAUGGGGAAGAACCACACAACUGCCUCUUGUUUACACUGGUUAUUUAUUUACAACUCAAAAUGUUUAAGGAACAGAACAGCCAUAAAUGGAACUGUCUUUGUGGAGGGGAGGGGCAGUCCUCGUGACACACCCCCCACCCCAACCCUGUCAGCACUGUAAGCAGCGCCUUGAGGAUUACGCCUCUAGUCUUCCAACCUGUGGGUCUUGGCCCAGCGAACAAUUCUUGGGGCCUUCUUCCCAGGCUCCCCAGCAGGCUGCCUGGAGCAAGCCUGGAAGUCACCUCCCAUCCAGACAGGACACCUCAAUCCUCAGCUCCCCUCGGCCACCUCUGUGUGGCCCACCUUUGGUGACCUUCACCAACCACGCCUCCGGCAGCUCCCAAGGAAGCCAAGGUACCCUCUAGACUCAGGCACACUUGCUUUGCACUGUUAAAGUGACCUCUUGGAUAUGGGGACACCCUCACCUUUUAUUUCGGGUAAGAAAAUGAUAGCCAAACUAUGUACAGAACUCUAGGCUGGGGAGAAAGACCUGGGCCCUGCUAUGUAUAGUAUGUGUCAGGCCUCAAAACACUCAAAAACUGGCGACUGAUUGAGCCCAGUGCGGUCACCAAUCAGGUUGGAAUGGAGUCCUCUGUGCAAUGAUUGUGAGCCAUACCUGAAGGCAGCUGUAUGGAAGGGCAGGACUGACCUCUCCUGGAGCUGUCCCCUUGAAAGGCAGCUGGGGAGCCAGGUUCUGAAGUUGAAGGCAAGAGCGAAAUUAAAGUAGCCUGGGCUUUUAUCCUUGAAAAGGAAUGGAUCAGAGCGACCCUAGAAACGCAGGUCUGAGCCGCCUCCUGGGCUUUCCAAAGCCAUGCUGGCAAUGGAGCUAGGUACCUGGACUUUUGGACACUCAGGGAUCUGGGGACACAGCUCAAUGGUACAGCAUGUGCUUAAUGUGCUGUCCCGAGCACAUCUUGAUGCCACCUCAGGACCUGGAUCUCUCAGUAGUGUUCUGAGACUUGAGAACCAUCACUGCUGUGUUGCCAGAAUCCCAGAACACGGCUCAAGGAGGCCAGGUUACCAGCUCGCCCGUGUUGACGGCUGAGGGUCCCGCAGCAGUUUGUACCUCCACAAACCACCUGCUUAGUUCACAGGAGUGCUGGAACCCUAUCUGCCCCACCAACUCUGAGAUAGGAAGUGUGUGUGCGUGUGUGUGUGUGCGUGUGCGUGUGCGUGUGUGUGUGUGUAUCAAGUUAUUUAUUGAAUAGAGUCUAGGUGCUCCCUGGUGUGGCUGCAGACUGCACACGUUCAGCCUUUGAGUUGGGUGUAUGGUCUGUACACCUGGCUAUAAGAAUAUUUUCUAUUUUUUUAAGUCAUUUCAUGUUUGUGUGGGGAAAGUGGGUUUCCUUUCACUGAUGUGGGCUGAGACAUUUGUGCAACCUUGACAUGAUCGGUAAAGACAGGUGAAAAGAAAUAAAAGCCUUUUUAUGUUCUUACAUUCUCGGCUCAAAAGCAGCAAGGGGUGGGCUGGGGA